GUGCCAUAGCACGGGCAAGUGUAUGCAGCCCACAGCACGGGCACAUAUACGCGGGUGGGCACGAAUCAAAACCAUUCAGAUCCACAUAGAGUCGGACAAGUCGCUCGUGUUCCGCGUGCCGGCCAACGCCAACACGCCUGUGCUGGACAGCCCCUACACCGCCUACUCUGUCACUGCCGCUGCCACUUUAGUGAGAGAGGCUGACUUGAGCAGCAGUGGCAGUGGCAGCGCCAACACGCCUGUGAGGGACAGUCCCUACACGGCAUACUCUGUCACGGCAGCCACCACUGUGCUGCCCGCCCUCAAGGAUGCCGUUGCUGAUGGCGGCUGGCCAUGCAAGGCGCUGACCACGUGCUGCUGCCGCCCGUUGGACCUGCGAAUUCUGGGAGGAGAUGUAUGUGCGGUGGUGACAAGGGUGCAGGAGAGCGAAGACAGGCUGGCCGUGCAAGGCGCUGGCCAUGUUCUGGUUCCUCCCACCGGGCCUGCCAAUGCUGUGGGAAGAGUUUUCAAUGUGAAUUCGCUUCUCGCCUCCUCGCUUCUCGGCGAGUCGUUGCUAGCGUCUCCAUCAUCAACAUUCCCAUCCUCCUCCUCUUCUCCGUCUCGACGUCCCCUCGCCUCGCGUAUUGUCGCUUCCGCUAGACCGCUUACGCCUUCCGUCAACCAACCCGCGUCGUCCUUCUCACGAUCGACCGUCAGCAGCAAAAUCCAACGAUGCUCGCACGUCGUACAAGGCAUCCGCGCCGUUGAGAGCUUCGACACAAGCUUUGAGUUGGACCCUCAGGCCAAGGAGGUGCUCGUCUAUCUGCUCUCGUCCGAUGUCUUCCUGCAGCAGGUGGCGACCCAGCCUGGCGUGCCAGCUGGCAUCACGGGGACGGAGUUCACUGGCGAGCUCUUCACGCCUGUGCCGUGGAGCCCCACCACGCGCUUCGGCAUGCCUCAGGAGUUGGAGAAGUACAAUGAGGACAAGGACAACUGCAUCAUCAUCAACGUGCCUAACCAGCGAGCCUGUCAACCCUCCUGCCAACACUUCCUCUCUGCCUUGCCCGUAACCCCAACCUUGCUGCCACAGGAGUUGGAGAAGUACAAUGAGGACAAGGACAACUAA